AUGAGCCGGGCUGAGCUGAAGGCCCACGGCCUGCGGCCCCACAUCUGCUGCGCGCCCCCUCCCCGCGCCCCCACGGCCCUCGGCAGCGCCCCGCUGCUGCCCCGAGCCGAGCCCCGGCGGGCGGCGGUGGCGCGGCCCGGGCAGCCGGCGGGCGGUAGCGAGCCCUGCGCGGGGGAGCGCGGCGGCUCCCGGGAGCCCCCCGCCCCGUCGGAGCCAGCCCCCGACAGCGGCUGGCUCAGCGGCGACGAGUCUUCGGGCUAUGAGAGCGAGAGCGCGGAGCGCGGCGCGGCGGAGCCCCGCGGGCGGCAGCGCCGGGCGCGCACCGCCUUCAGCGCGGCGCAGCUGGGAGGCCUGGAGGAGACCUUCCGCCGGCGGCGCUACCUGGGCGGCGCGGAGCGGAGGCAGCUGGCGGCCGCCCUGCACCUCUCGGAGACCCAGAUCAAAACCUGGUUUCAGAACCGGAGGAUGAAGCUGAAGAGGCAGGUCCAGGAGCGCCAGCACCGCCCGCUGCCCGCCACCUCGCUCUGCAGCUGCGCCCCGGGGGCGCCGCCCGGCGCCGGCCGCUGCCCGCCGGGGCCGCCCCGGGGGCUCCUGCCGCUGCUCCCCGGCGCCGCGCUGCCGCUUGGCUUCCCCUUCCCCGGGUGCGAUGCGCCGCGAAGCACCUACCGCCUCAUGGCAAACGAGCUGCCCUACUACCAUCAACACUUUCUUUCGCAUCCGUCUUUCCAUCCGGUUAUUCAGAACAGAGCGGACAGGCAGCACCAUCCCGUGUAUGCGUUAUCGUGA